AUGAAUUCAACUAAACAGAAUAAUACACCAAAAGUAAAACAUACACUCGCAGCCGAUACUUGUACACAACCACUUCCAAUUACUCUAUCAAAUAGCCAACCCCCUUCUUUACUAAGCACUAUUUUUGGUUAUUUUCAUAUUUUCAAGACCGCUACUAAUGAAAAAUCUUCGACAGCUACGAUUGGAAUUUUUGAUAAAUUUAGUCGUAAUAUAAUAGUUGAGAAUAAAGAGCAUAUAGACUUACUGUGGAAGUCUGGGUUUUUUGGAAAAGGCACUCUAUCUAGGGGUGAACCGACUUGGUUCUCGAGGAAUAGAGGGAAAAAUCCCUAUCCCAGAAAUGGUUUGUCCCUUGAAGAAAUCACUAAAAAACGACGUGAAGAAAGGAAAACGCGUCGAAAAAAGAAACAGAACGAAGAGCCAAUUCAAGAAUCUGAUAAAGAAUUAAACAAUGACAACAAUGAGAUUGAUAAUGAUGAAACUACAUUAAUUGAUGAUAAUGAAUUGAAUCUUCAUCGAAAAAAUAAUACUAAUGAUCCAAAAGAAAAAGAGUUUCAAUUAACUCUCGAAGAAGCAUUUUUUCUCUGUUUUGGAAUCGGAUCUUUGUUAAUCUAUGACACUAAUCAGAAAUUACUAAGCAUCAAAGAUUGCUGGGAUGCCUUUCGUAGCGUAGCUGCAACAUCAAUGAUCUCUUUUUCCUCACUCUUAGUGCAAAUGAAUAUAGAUCGAUGGGAUAACUCAUUUGUAAUUCGUUAUGUGGCUUUUCAUUAUUUUCGUAGCAUGGGUUGGGUU